UCGUUUAUGUGUAGUACUCUGCUCAAUAAAUCAGUCUGAAUAAUUUUUUGGACUGCGUCUUUGAAAGGCACGUGCAAAUUUCUACCUGACGCUAUUCGAAUCUUGUGGAUAGAUGCUUCUAUCCUGACAAAACAUGAAUCACGCUCCUUCAAAAGCAUAACAGAUUAAACUGUCUCUUCUUAACUGAUGAUGUUAUCUAACGCACUUACAUACGCGUGGUUCUUGUUUAUAGCCGAAAUAUCUUAAAACAUCCAGUCUAACUUUGUAUAAAUAAAAGUAAAUAAUGGAUAAAACUCCAAAAGACUUUAAUAAACUUUUCUUCAUGGUCCACCUCCUCCAGUUGCUUUCACUCGAUAAUCUCUCUAUAAUCUGCUUCCGUUUCUUGACUUUUAUCUGUUCGAUGAUUUAAUCAUUUUCCUUCAGUGGGUAGCUUCUUAAAAUUCAUGGCACGUCCUCUUUUCUUCUUAGUUUUGUUAUUUCUGUGGACUCCUGUAAGUACCCAUCGACGAUCCAAUGAACAAGGAUUCACUUCUGUGGUUUUAUCCAAUAAAGGUACUGACUUUGCUAAAGGUAUUCUCAUAAAGAAGGCAGUGUCUUCUAUGAUUCCACUUCAAUUGCCAGAUAUUGAGAAGUCUAAGAAAAUCCCACUUCUUGGAAAAGUUAAUAUUGUUCUUUCAGACAUCAUGAUUAAUAGUGUUAGUAUUGGUUCUUCUUCUGUUGAAACUGGAGAUAUGGGUAUUGUUUUAGUUGCUUCAGGUGCUACUGCUGAUUUGACCAUGAAUUGGAUGUACUCUUAUAAGAAAUGGGUAGUUGUGCUUUCUGACAGUGGACGUGCCUCAGUUCAGCAUUUGCUUUUUUAUUUGGAGAAGAAUAAUCCUCGACGAUUUUUCAGUUCACGAAAUAAAGAAUUUGAUGUUACUCUUAUGAAGGUUAAAGAUAUGGAAGUGGGGCUUACUGUUACUUUAAAAGAAGAAGAUGGAACUCUAAAGUUGUCUCUCUUGAACUGUGGUUGUAAUGUGAAAGAUAUCUCUAUCAAGCUGGAUGGCGGAGCAUCCUGGCUUUAUCAAGCGGUGGUUGAUGCUUUUGAAAGGCCAAUAGCAUCUGCAGUAGAAAAUGCUAUUUCCAAGAAAAUCAGAGAAGGCAUAUCAAAACUCGACUCUCGAUUGCAUUCACUUCCAAAGCGAUUCUCUAUAGAUCACGUCUCUGCAAUGAAUGUUGCUUUUGUAGACGAUCCUGUGCUGAGUAAUUCUUCCAUUGAAUUUGAUAUCAAUGGUUUAUUCAUGGCAUUGGAUAAUGUUUUAAUUCCCAACUAUUACUACGGAGGAAUACAAGCGGACUCCUCAAACUGUCCGGCCAAGAUGAUUGAGAUUUCAUUACAUGAAAAUGUUUUUAAUACAGCUGCAGCUGUAUACUUCAAUGCAGGUUAUAUGCAUUGGGUUGUGGAUAGAUUUCCAAAUCAAUCCUUCUUAAACACUGCAACAUGGAGAUUCAUAUAUCCUCAACUCUACAAGCAGUAUCCGAAUGAUGACAUGACUCUUAACAUGUCACUAACUUCUCCACCAGUAAUAAAAAUUGUAGAGAAUGACAUUGAUGCCACCAUUUACUUGGAUGUGACAGUCAACGUUUUGGAUGCUAACAAAGUUAUACCAGUUGCAUGUGUCUCAUUGGUAGUUAGAUCUUCGUGUUUUCCGCAUAUGUUAAGGAAUAAGCUAGCUGGUGUCCUCAAGUUAAAAGAUUUCACUAUGUCUUACAAGUGGAGCAGUAUAGGGGACCUGCAUAUGCAUCUAUUACGGCCAGUAGCUUUUGCUGUUCUUGAGACUAUAUUCAUCCCAUACAUGAACAUACGCCUCAUGAAGGGAUUAUCUUUGCCACUUCUGCAUGGAUUUACACUUCGCGAUACUGAAAUACAUUGCAAGGCUUCAAAGAUGACGAUUUGCAGCAACCUUGCCGUCACAUAUGGGUACCUUCUCAAUCAGCAAUCCCACCCACUACAGUUAGAUGUUCAAUAAUACUGUAACAUAUAUAUAUAAAGGAAAAAAAAUUGAUUAUCUUCAUAUGCUAGGAUAGUAGGUGUAUAUACGUUUGUAGCACGAAACAGUAUGCUAAACACUCAGAUCAAUUCAGGUCAGUAUCUCAUCAUAUAUGUGCAGUGAUAAUUUAUGGUGUUAUACGUGCUGGAGCUUCUAAAAUAAAUUUUGAGUUUUUAUUA